GGUCCCGGAUGUAACCAGGUGUUCCAUCAAUAUGAAGCUCUCGGAAGGGUUUCUUGGACUUCUUUGCGUUUCGGCUGUCUUAUGGAAUGGAUACAAUGCUAAGCCACACGUGGAAACCUUCAAUUGUAAUGUUGCGACUGGCAUGCAUCUUAUCAGCAAGAAUCGGUGGGCCAACACAUCAGAAUCCUCUGUUCAUACAACGUGUGCCAGCGUCGGAUAUAUAGUCAUUACCAGAGUGGAAGCUGAAGGGACAUGUGUUCAAGCAUUCGUGAACCAUAUAAGUGACAGAGUUGGAUCAAGCACUGUGAUCUGGGUUGAUAAUGGCACUUCCAUCUCUUGUUACAAGAAUACAACUGGUCCAUGCCCCACACUUGCUACACCCGUUUGCAAACGCACAGGGACAAUUGCAGCUCCGGGAAGUACAAGUUGCCCACGGUUCCAGGGCAACUUUCUGCCAAAUGGAAUGCUUACAUAUCCCUCCGGUACAACUUUCCCCUCGCAAGCUCUCAUCGAUUGCAAUCCUGGAUACUACUCUUCAGGUCUUCCAUUACUUAACUGUAAUCCGGAUGGAAGUUGGUUUGGAAUUUUACUCUGCCAAGCAUAUGAUUGCAAAUCCUCACUAGCAAUUCGUCAUGGAAAGAUUUUGGGCACAUCACCGCUGUUUACUGCGAGUUGCAACCUUGGUUACAAGCUGGUAGGUGAUCCUCGGAUAACAUGUACCAGCGCCAUUGGAAGCACAAAGGUACCAUCAUGCUCACAAAUGUUUUAUUGCGCGCUACCAACGGUAAUUCAGAAUGGGACAGUAUCAGGAAGCUCACCGCUUUUCACUGUUAGCUGUGAACGUGGUUUCAAGCUGGUUGGCGAUGCUCAAGUUAUAUGUACCAGCAAUACAACAACUACCUGCGUGCCGCAAUGCUUGCAAAUUACCUGCGGUGCUCCUUUGACCCCGGUAAAUGGACUUACCACUGUACACUCGCUCACUACAUUCAGUAAGGCGUACUACAUCUGCAAGGCUGGCUUUGUGGCAGUGGGGGAUACCUCUACUACCUGUGAGGCCGACGGAUCUUGGUCUGGUAGACCACCUAUUUGCGUCCAAAUACAAUGCCCACAACUUGCUCCCCCCAAUAACGGUACCAUUGAAACAAGCUCUCAUUCUGUAUUUGGUGUCACCGAGUUUCGAUGUGGUGAAGGAUACUCACUCCUCGGCAAAUCAUCAGCAGUUUGCAUGAGUGAUGGGAAUUGGUCCUCAGCUACACCCAAAUGUGAAGAAAUACAAUGCCCACAACUUGCUGCCCCCAAUAACGGUACCAUUGAAACAAGCUCACAUUCUGUAUUUGGUGUCAGCGAGUUUCGAUGUGGUGAAGGAUACUCACUCCUCGGCAAAUCAUCAGCAGUUUGCAUGAGUGAUGGGAAUUGGUCCUCUGCUACACCAAAAUGUGAAGGGAAUUGGUGCAAAGAAAUACCUAUUAUCAAUAACGGGCGCAUCAUAUCGUCAACCACACUCCAUACAAUAGGAAGCUUGUCUGUUGUCGUUUGUUCCGUUGGAUUCUACCUUGUCGGCAAUGCAACUGUUCAGUGUACCAAAAACGGAAAUUGGGAUACAACAACAUUUCCCACGUGCGUAGGAAUUGGCAACGUCACCCGAAAUGACACAUCUGAUGACAAGAGUAGAACCUCCCAGACAAUGUUUGAACCUUAUCUUGUGGGAGGUGCGGCAGGAAUUGUUGUGGGAUUUGCAGUUGCUGUAGUAGUGGUUGCUGUUUGGAUGAGGGUUAAGACAGACGGAAAGUUAAAGAUCACAGUGGAAUCAACAGAGCCAUUUCCUGCGCCUGUUUCUGUUGAACUAAUUGAGAACAGUGCUUAUGGAGCGGUAGAUGUCCCUGAAGUUCAAAACGAGUGCGUUUAUGAGCCUGUAGACGAACUGUCGUAAUGCAUUGCCACAUAUUGGAUUUAUAAAUGAUUUAUUUCGCCAUGCAGAGUUUUGAACGCUUGCGCAGAUUUCAUGUGUGUCAACUGUCUUUCGACUUCCCUUUUCCGUGUCCUCAAGUGAUGUAUACUGCACGUACAUGUAUGCCUGAUAACAAAUAUUCGAACUUAGAGCGGCCGUCCCCCAGUUCCAAUUUCCUUCUUUCUGAUGUAACACGAUAAAUCCUUUUAGCCCUAGACCAAAACCAUCUUGCAGUUCGUGCCACCUUUACACGUUGUCGCAGGAAACCUUGGGAACUCACAACAAGUUGGAGGGUUUUGUACGAUUUCAUAAACAUUCGAUUGUUCAGAUAACGGAUAUUAUAGUUUCCGACCCGUUCUCUCAAACGUUUCCAUUAGACGUAUAUCACUCUGCCUCAUCGGAUGUUGCUGUUUCAACCUUCACCUGCAAUACAAAGCAUUCGGAGUAAUGAACCGGUCGAUUUAUGUAAAGCUGUGCCAAUCCAAAGACACUAUACAACCCUGUAGGAAUAUUCACUACAUCCUCUUUUUUUAAUCGAAAAUUUAUCUUUUUGAAACACACCUUACAUAGAUGUACAUGCAACGCAUGUUUGCCCAGGAUUCAGUUUGGCUCCAUUCAAUGUCCCGGGCCAGAAUACUUGGAAUUACCUACAUGCCUCGAUCGUAAUAAUGAAUGUUAUGGAAAGGUUCACUCAUGAUCUAUUUGUAACGUUGAUAGGAGUUGCUUUUGUACGGGCAAUCAGGAUACAAUUCACAGUGGCAUGGCGAAUGAUUAGAACACAACACCAAAAAAAGAAUGUCGUUAGGAUAAUAUUUCUUGUCUUUCUCCUUUUUUGGAUAUACUUGUAUGCUUGAUUCCACAAACCUGCAUCAAUUUUAUACUUUUGAGCACACUGCUGUAGCGUAGUUGUAGUUUGUUGACAGCAUAUUAUCGUCAUCCUCUUCGUCAUAGUU